GUUUGACUGCAGCAGCGACUCCUGCGCAGCUGCUCGAUUUAGAAAAUAGCCAGAUGCUUUAGUCAGGCAUCGUCGAGGAUGAAGAUAGUGUGUAGCUGUGUGAUGAAAUAAAUGCUGCAACUUUUAAUGAUAUUAGUAAUGCGCGUUUUAUCGCUUCAAGAACUCUACAAUCGACCACAAAGAAGAUGCCUUCCGCAGAAGCUAUGUCCUCUCCAGGCAACGACUUCGAUGCCUGGCUUCGGCUUUUCGCCGACGUGCUCGGCGUCGCACUACCGGUUUCAAUUUUUCUAUCGCCAAUGCCACUCUUUCUUCGCGCUCUUGGGGUCGGUUCGCCAGUUUCGAGAUCCGGUGGAGGAGCAGGAAGUCAGGGAGGACUGAAAAACAACGUCACCGCCCCACCAACUACUGCGACAAGAGAUUUUCUCGACAUGCCACCUUUAGCUUUCACUGCCCAACUGGCACAGUGUUCCCUUUGGCUCGUUUACGCUUUCUUGAAGGACAUUCCCUUUCUCGUCAUCGCCAAUGUGGUUGGAGUCACGACAGCUGUAGUUUACGUCUUGAUGUACCCUGUUGCAAUAGGAGCAAGUACCAGUUCUAGAGGUAGCAGUGGUGGAAGCACUAGUAUAGGAGGCGACGCAUCUUCCCCUAUGUCCCAGUUCGAAACUAUGUCUCGCAGGCCGUUGACAGAAGAGCGUGCUGACACUGCAUUGUACACUACAUCAGCAGGAUCAGCAAUCGGUAAUAGUACAACUAGUACAGGAGCUGGAGGUGACGCAACAAGCACUACAGGAACAAGCACUACAACGGUCUCGAACAUCAACGGGGUCAUCCUCGAGCAGGAUGCAAAGCAAAAGAGUACGUCGACCAUGUCUACCGCGAAGCGCAACCAAUACCUAGCACAAUACAAAGUCCAGCUUUCCGUGACGAUUUUUCUUGGAGUUUUGGCUUCGAUUCUGAUGUUCGCAAGACCUGAAGUGACCUUUUUGAACAUUCAGCAAAGCUCCUGGCUAGGCGCAACCGACAAAGACUCUGGUCUCGCAGGAUAUUUGGCGAUGACCGUAGGAACGGUGCUACUGAUUCAUCCGGUGUUUACGAUGCUAGAGGUUUUGCGGACAGGCAAUGUCGGUCUGAUGGGGUCUUUGUUGAUGAACUUCGUGUACACAGCAUGCAAUUUGGUGUUGCUAGUUCAAGGUCUCUUCUUCAUCAAUAAUGCGGCACUAGCGAUUCAAUCAGCGGUCGGGUUAGGCGCGAAUGCGGCGGCAUUGGUCGUGCGCAAAAUCGUGGGGGAUCGGAAGGGUUGAUGAGACAAUCUACGACAAGUUUUUACAUCAUCUGUUGACAUCUUCAUGUUCCUGGUUUGCUUUUUUAACACUUUUGGCACGAUUUUUCUUUCACCAUACAUGUACAUGCAAGGUCAGAUACAGUGCUCCCUUCAGCAGGAGGAGCAAGAAGCGGUGCGCUGAUUUUUAUGAUUGAAUGAGGCGGACCCGGACAUAUGACAGUGCAGUAGCAAUGAGCACCUCGCAGUAUGAAGCAGAAUCAAGUGUGCAGAAGUGUCAAAAUGUAUGAUUCUGAAUUCAAAAAGAAACUAUUGAUUCGUUUAAUCCACAUAGACAUGAUAAUGAUUAAUUUUUCGAGCACGGAACUGAAAGUGUGUGUGUGGGGACGGAAGCUGCUGCUUGUACUGAGCGCGAAUGCUGUUCCUCUGUAGCAUGAUAGCGCAUCUGCGAGGUCAACUAAUCAGC